UAAAAAAUAAAAAUAGUUCAAUUUGCUUAGUUAAUUUGAGUUGCUGGUUGCCGGCGAAUGCUGGCAACCAGAUAAACAUCUUCGGUAUUGAGGUUAAUUUUUUAAUAUUUAGUGCUAUAUUUGUUCAUUUAUAAAUUGUAGAAAAAUGUCUAUUACACUAGAUAUCAAGCUAAAAAGAGCUGAUAAAAUAUACAGUGAAGCAGAUAUUGUCAGUGGAAUCUUAGUUAUCGAUACCAAUUCUGAUUUUAAACAUGAUGGUAUUACACUUACUAUGGAAGGCUCUGUAAAUCUACAGAUAAGUUCGAAGAAUGUAGGCAUUAUAGAAGCAUUUUACAACUCUGUUAAGCCCAUUCAACUAUUAAAUGUAACUUGCGAUGUAACUCAAGCCCCAGGUCGCAUCCCUGCUGGAGUUACUAAUAUACCAUUUGAAAUACCGCUUAAACCCAAACCUAACAGAGUUUUAUAUGAAACCUACCACGGUGUAUAUGUGAAUAUUAGUUAUUCGUUAAGAUGUGACAUAAAGAGGUCUUUUCUAAGUAAGGAUUUGCAAAAGUGUCAACAGUUCUUUGUUCAGUAUAAACCAGGUUCAGCUAGUUGUCCUCAGUUGCCUCUGAAAGACAACAGGAAGCCUGUGAGUUUUGAAUUGAGUCCAAAAAAUUUAGCAUCGGGAGGAUCAGGUGCUCCAGAUUUUUUACUUCGGGGACAUUUGGAUACUGUGUGUUGUAAUAUAUCAAAGCCUUUCAAAGGCCAGUUAACUUUAGUUAGAUGUGCUGCACCUGUUAGAUCAAUUGAAUUACAGCUGGUUAGGGUUGAAACUUGUGGCUGUGCUGAAGGAUAUGCUAGAGAAGCAACUGAAAUUCAAAAUAUACAAAUAGGUGAUGGAGAUAUUGCCCAAAAUAUACCUAUUUUGAUUUAUAUGGUAUUUCCAAGAUUAUUUACCUGUCCUACGCUGAUAACAACAAAUUUUAAAAUCGAAUUUGAAGUUAAUAUCGUUGUUGUAUUUGAAGACGACCAUUUAAUAACAAACAAUUUUCCUAUAAUUUUAGUUAGAGAAUGAAGGCCAUGUAUUUUUUUAUUUUUGUAUAUAUUGAACUU